CAUGCUGGUCUAAACUGGUUGUUGCUGGGUUAUGCUGGUUUGGUGCUGAUUUAGGUGGUCACUCAGCUUGGUCAUUCUGGUUGACAAGCAUACCAGCAACCAAAACACAACAUAUGCUAUUUUUUCUGGUGACCAGCAGUGCUAGUCUAUGUUGGUUUUGCUAUCAGGGUUAGUAGCAUAGAAACACUGAACAAAAGCUGUGGUUUAGAAUACACCUAGCUAACACACUGUCCUUGAUACAACGAUGUAAUAUGAUACGUUGUAUUGUUACACCCCAUUUAAUAUCACACAUAGAGUAUAAAAAGGUAAAAUGUUAACCUGAACCACCUGCUCAUAAAAGCCUCUACACGUCCCUGCAAUUAUGACUGGAAGUUUUAUAAUCUACCCGUUUUCCGUCACCAAGCCUCGCGGAGAAGGCGGGGUUUGGCGGAAUACGGGUCGGAACAAAAACAGUCAACUCCGUUCUACUGCGGUCACGUGACAUCCUUGGCAACCAACGGCAACCUCGUCAUUUGUUUGGUUGCGGAGUUUAACAAAACUUUAGUGAGGCAGAAAGAGAGUCAGCUAUGCCUCCUAAAAAGAACGGAAAGAAAAAUGCAGACAAGUCCACCAAGAAAGAAGGCGAGGGGUCUGGAGAGAAACCCGAUGCUGAUGAUGUUUUAUCCGAGGGCAGUAAAGAAUUCUACCGAGCUCAAAUACGAGAUUUGGAGGAGCGAAUAGAAAAGUAUCAGCAUAAAUGUGAUGAGCUCGAGGUCCGGGAGAAGGAUUUCUCCACUAACUACAACAAUGUAGAGAGAGAGAAGAAGGACAUAGUCCUCUAUCUGAAGCGCUCCUUGGCCCACAAAGAGGACGAACUCACUGACCUCUCAGAGAAGCUUCUGGCAUUACAAAUAGCUAAAGAUGAAGAGAAGGAGUCGUUUGAGAUGCAGCUGAGCGCUCUACGACAUGAGUUUCAGGAGAACAAGGACAAGCUCGUGUCAGAGAACAUGGCCCUAGCGGGGAAGCUUGCAUCUCUGGAGGAGUUCCGCGUGCAGAAGGAUGAGAUCAUGGCCUUGCUGGCAUCUCUGAAAGAACAGCUGGAGCAACAGAAGCAGGAACACCAGACAAUCAUUUAUAACCUGGAGAGAAAAGCUGUCCUGGACAAUGACAGACUAAAGAAAGAGAUGCAGCAGCAUGUGGCUACUGUCGCAGCCGAAUUUCGCCGAGUCUCAGACAGGAGGAUGCCAGAGACAACAAUGAGGGCCAUCCAUGAGAAUGUGUCAGUGACGGCUCAGCUCAGGCAGCUCUCAGACAAGAGCAAAGAGUUGCUGGUGGAGAACGAUUCUCUAAAAGCCAAAGAGAAACAACUCAGCAGAGAAACAGAGAUUAUGGAGUCUCUACUGAACGAGAUGACCAUGAAGAGUGUCGGAAAUCAGAAGGUGGUGCAGCAGCUGACGGAGAAGUGCAAACAAAUGCAUACUGAGCUUGAAAACUUUGCUAGGCAUAAACAAGAGCACCAACAGCUGCUGGAUGACCACACUGCGCUACAAAAAGAGCAUGAUGACCUCAGACAGACACAUGAAUCACAUAUGGGCACACUCAAGCGAAAGCAGGCUGAGGCAGAAAGACUGAAAAAGGAGCUUGAAAAGGAGAAGAUGCAGCGAGAGCAGCUGGAGACGGUUCAGCAGGAGGCUGCUGUGGCUUUAAAGGAAGCUUUGAGGGAGGUCCCUAAAGAAGAAGACUCCAAUGUGCAGGCUGUUGUCCGGCGAAGUCAGCUGAUGCAGAAACUCCUAGCCAUGCUGGACAAUGCUGCAGCCAUUGGCAAAGGCCCUGUGCUUUCUGAUUUUAUCCCCAUUACAGACCAUACUGAUGAACCCACAACAGGGCAAGGCAUGGAGAGACCGGGACUUCGUGCCCCAGGGCAGAAGACUACCUCGCGCCUCUCUCAUUUCAAGACUGGAGACCUGGGGCUGGUCCCACGACAAAUAAACAUGCGCAGCUCUGUCCUGUCCAAGAUAGGACCCCUCUCCAAAAGCACACAGCUUCAUCUGCAGAGGAAACUGCAGAGCCAAAAACGGAAUAACCCCCCCAAACCGCUAGCUGAAGAUGACACAUGUACCCUGCAGCCUGAACCUUUCAGCAGCAGUCCAACAGCAUCCCUCAGAUAAUCAAGAGAAGCUCCUGUGGGUCCACAACUGCUCUUUGCAGACUGUUUGACUCUUUAACUGUUUAAAAGGGAAAAUACAUUCAGUAAAGACUGCUUAAUGUUAUUUCUUUUGAAACCAUUUCCCCCUGACAUCAUGUUGUUCCCUAUUAUUCUUUGGUCCCUUCUGAUAGUAAACCAGGCUUUUGAUUUUCUGCCACUAGAUGGCAGCAUGACAUCCUUUAUAGAGCAUUCAGCUUUUCAAAAUUUGGUGAUGAACUUGGCAAUUUGGCAUUAAGAUGGCAGCUGUCAGUGUCAUUAGAAUGUAUCCAAUGUAUGUAUGGUUAAGCAAAGAAAAUAAAUGCUUAAAUC